UCUUUUCUUUUCUCCAAUCACUCGCUCUUGUGCUUACCUUGAGCGACCCCCCGGUUUUGUUGCAGCAGGGCCUGCGACGACGCCUUUUUUUUUUUUUCCAGUAUCCAUUUUCCCCGUCCAGGCCACUCACCAAUCGCCUGUUCAGCACCCCCCUGCAGCUUCCUUUUGCCGCAGCCGAUUCGGGGCAACGCCAGGGGCGCGCGCCGGCGACUUGCAGAGCGCCAGCUCACUCAACCAAAAGCCUUCGUUUCUUUCGUCACCACCACUAAGGAACAGACGCAAGCCACGCAGCCGCAUCUCUCCCCUCAAUCUCCGUAUCGCCUAUUGUUUCCGUCAUCGUUUUGGUGCAGCUGCCGCCACAAAGCCGCCGCCGCAGCACUUCCCCCAGCUGCCAAUCUCCCCGGGACUUGGUAGCUGCGGAUACAACCCCAUCUUGAUGGUCGUCCGCCGCUGAUCGACAGACGGACGGACGCAGCGCUUUCUGCCAUCAGAAUGGCGUCGUCGUCAGUCACUUCCGACCGGCCUGAUCUCUCUGCGCCUGCGGGAGAUGGCACCAACGACCCCUUUGUCUCCGCCCCAUCGACCGCCUCGGCCCAUCUUCGCUUCUCCGACUUCGAACAAGAACUCAGGGCCGCCAACUCUGGAUCCGACCCCCGACAGGCGAAGCGCACAUUAGAGGCUCGCCUCGCAGAGACCGACCGUCGCCUAGAUGAAGCCGCCAAGCUUGGAACCGCUCUGGUGUCGCAGCGAAAGACCCUAGCCGAGCAGCUACAAGAAAUCGACAAGCUCCAGGCCGAAGAGGAGCUGGCGCCUGAGCUGCGCAAGAGGCUGGUCGACAUCGAGAAGGACUACAAUGACUUGGCGCGAGAGUCUGCGAGGGCCUUUUUGCCCAAGCAGAGAGUGACGAGCAGCGAGAACCCAGGUUCUCCUUUCAUGCUGGACAGCCGAUCAGGCAGGCGUUCCGCUAGUCCCUCCAAGCUUGAGAGUCAAGCUACGGGCUCGCCGACCAAGGUCGGCGUACCGAACCGCAAAAUGCGGAACCAACCGACCAACCGAGUCCACGACAUCGAAUUUGCCGCCGAAAUCAGCACCUCUUUAAUUGCCCAGGUCCGUAGCCUGCAAGCCAUUCUCGGCGAACGCGAUGAACAAGUCAAAGAUCUCCGCAAUGAUGUUUCUCGGUUGGAGGGUGACUCUGAAGCUCUGCAGCAGCGUCUCAAGGUUCUCGACGAGAGUGAACAUCGCUUCAAGGAAGAGAACUGGAACCUUCAGACACGCCUGCAAGAAAUGAGUGGUCAGCAAAGAGAAGCUUCUGACCGUGAGAAGAAACUUGACAAUGCGCUCCACGCCGCCAAUGCUGCCAAGUCCACCACUCAAAAGGAGCUUGAUGAAGUGAAGCUCUCUCUGUCUAAGCUGACUGAGGAGCACGCCGCUGCCACGAAGCACCACGACAUUGAGCUCGGUACCGCAAAGCGCGCCAUUGUCAUGGCCGAGAGUGAGCGCGCUGCCAUGCAGCGCAAGAUUGACGAGCUGAGCAGCCAGAACCUGGAGCUCGCCAAGGCUGUUGCUGGCCAGAGGGCCAAGGCCCAGGAGCGAGAAUCCUCUUCCGGUACUAGCGAUGAAGAUUUAGAAGCCUCUGCUAUUGACAUUACGCCCGAGCAUUCGCCUCCGCAGUCUCCCAUGAAGGGGCUUACCCCAAGACACUCCAUGCUCGAGACAGAGACCCUCAAAACCUCGUUACAGCAUGCCCAGAGAACUAUCCAGAGUCAGCGAAGCCAGCUCCACCGUGAAAAGACUGAGAAGCUGGAAUUCAGACGCAUCAUUCAAGACCUCCGUGAUGACUUGGAAAAGGCCAGAAAUGAGCUUGAAAAGGGCCCUUCUGUUCCCGCCCCCGUUCGCCGUGGUCGUCGGAUUGAGCCCAAAGAAGUCAAAGUCAGGCAGCCCCGGUUGCUUGGUAGCUUCCGCUCCAGCCGUCAAGAAGUUGUCAUGGAAGAAGAGCCCGUAGUCACAGAAGAUCCAGAGUGGGAAGAUGCACAUGAUGUCUCACCUCGCUCUUCUGGCGUCCGUGUCGGUGCUGGCAGUCGCUCUCCUCUGCGCCGUCUGCAGCGACUGCAGACACCUGGCGACGGAGAAGAGACGGUUCUCGAAUCCAUCGAGACUAGUGACCAGUUUGAGACUGCUGCCGAGGAGGAGGGUACCGAAUCCGCCUUUGAGACGGCUGAGCCAGGAACCGAGACAGAGGACUUCCAGACUGGGCAUGAGGACAUGUCUGAUGAGAGCGAUGCCCAUACCGAGGUUGGCCUUUCAUCGUCAUCGCGAGGCUUUGGAAAGAUGAGGCGGCCUCCCAGCUUGCAGCCAACCAUGUCAAGACACGCACAGCGAGAUUCAUUCGAUAGCACUGCAUCCACCUCGACCGAUGAAGAUGACUUUGCAGAUUAUCCAGAGUACCGGACUCCCACCGCUGCCGCCACCUUACGAAGAAUGCGCAUGAACAGGGGUACUCCAUCCCGAAGAAGCUCACGACAAGAGAGCGAAGAGCCCCAGUUCCAGAGCCCCAGCGCGAGCUUCAGCAGUGGUGGCGGCGACCCAUCAACGCCCGGCCAGAGUCUCUUUGCUGAGCUGCAAGACUUUGGUAGUGACGACGAAUCUAUCGUCUAUACUCCUGGCCGCAGAAGCCUCCGUUCUGUCACGCCAGCUUCUACUCGCCGCGCAGUUACACCGCCUCCAGCCGUUCCCCCGCUGCCUCGUGUCAUUAUGGUGGACAGUGGUGUCAUGACCGAUCCCAUCGAAUUUGGUCCAAGCCUUGGUCAGCUAGGCCACAGAGUCUCCCGCAACUCGCUGCUGAGCGUCGGCGAGGCUGCCAGAAGACCGAAAUCUAUGGAAUCCGUCCUUCCCAACACUGACUUCCGUGCUUCCACAGCAUCAUGGCGAAGCAUUGGAGAAGAAGGACAGACGGGAUCGGCUGUGUAUUCCCGCCCGGCAUCUACGGUUACCUACAGCGAUGCCGGUGCGCAGUACGACGAUAUUAGUGAGAAGCUUGCACAAUUUCCUCUGCCUCCUUCAUCGCUACCUAGUGAGCCGGAUCUUGCGUCUAUUCCUGAGUCUGCUCCUGCACCGGCGCCUCCUCCUGUUGUUCUUAAUCUCUCUGCGAUUCAAUCCGAGGAUAUCGAGCCUCGAGAGGAAGCAGAAGAAGAGCAGCAAGAGCCGGCACCUGUUCCUACUCUGAACCUGACGCCAAUUUCCAUCAUGCAGAGUGUGGAACCCGUGCCUGAGCCAGAGGUCCCCGCUCCUGACCUGACCUUAUCCGUCAUAGUGGCCGAACACCUGGAGCCUAAAGCCGAGCCUGAGGCUCCACCACCUGAUCUCACCUUGUCUGCCAUUUUCGCUGAAGGGUUAGAGCCUAGAGCGGAGCCCGAGGUGGUCGUACCUGUAGCUGAAUUAAGCCUGUCGGCAAUCAAGGGUGAAAUCCUGGAGCCAAUGGCCGAGCCUGAAAUUCCUCGGCCAGUCCUCACCUUAUCUGCCAUAGCCGCCCAAGGCUCAGAGCCAAUCGCAGAGCCCGAGGUUCCUGUACCCGUGCUGAGUCUGUCAGACAUUGUAGCAGAGGGAUUGGAGCCCAAGGCCGAGCCUGAAGUUCCUCCACCGACGCUUACGAUCGCCUCCAUCUUAUCUGAGGAGAUUGAACCCGUCAUCGAAGAGCAGGUAGAAUUGCCCGAACUGACUGCAUCUGCAAAGACCCCAGAUACUCCAGCUUCUGCCGACCUGCGAGAGCUUAGCAUCUCGCCAAUCGUGUCAGAACAAGUCGAGCCCGUCUCCGAGCCUAUCCCAGAGCCAGCAGCCAUGGUGGUGCCUCUGUCACUUGCAUCACUAACCUUUUCGUCGAUCCAGGCUCAGCAGCUAGAGCCCAGAGAGGAGCCGCCUCUGCAGCCCGUGCAGCCGGCCCUGGCCUUUUCCACCAUUGCUGCGGAAAACGUCCACCCAAUCCCCGAACCUGCGCCCGUUCCUGCGGAAUUGACGCUCUCUACCCUCUCCUUCCAGAACACAGUCCCUAUUGAGGAACUGCCCAUCGACGAUGAAGAGCUGCUGCGGUCGACCCAGCUCCCACCUGCGGAACCCCCGCGCCCUACGCUUGGCCUAUCUUCUAUUGUAGCAGAAGGUAUCAAACCUGAACCGGCCAUCAUCCCGCAGUUUGUCCUUUCUUCUAUUUCGUCAGUUGACACUCGGCCAAUCAGCCCCACCAAGAGGGACGGCUUCAUUCUGCCAGAAGGCAUCAAAUCUCCCUUUGUCGAUGAUGGUGGCGAUAUAUCAGACAAGAACCUCUUUGCAUCCUACGUUGUCAACAGAAACACUGACAUUCUUGAUGCCUCUUCACCAUCACCCAUCAUUGCCGAGGACGAGACAAGCCAGUCGCACUCGGCAUCCCCACAGGCCAAUACUCCCGAAUCCCAGCGGCCGUUUAGAGAAAUCUCUGCCAAUGGAGUCUCUCAUCAAACAAGUGACCAAGGCGCCCAGACAUCUUUGACAUCGGGAACCAUUGACCAGCUGAUGAAGACGGGAGCUCAAACCUCUAGUGGUGGAAGGAGAAGCUAUUCAUUUGGCAGCUCUAUUGGCAGCCCUGACACCGUGGGGACCGUCAAGGUCAAUCGUCCUUACCUGCAAGGGAAUUUGGACAGCCCCUUCUCUGUCAACUCCAACAAGAGCAAGAGGGCCGACAUGGUGGCAGCGGUUGCUUCGACCGAGUCUACGCCCACACGCAGACCUGGUAGUGCUACUAGUGCCAAAUCUGCUCUCGUAGAUGCUCCCCCUCUGCCAGCCAACCACCAGCAAAUGAUUCAGGCGGCCCGUACUGGCUCAUCUGGUGAGACGAAAGCGCAAACCCAGAGCCAGGGCACUAUGGGUCCUCCCCUGUGGCCUGCCUCUGCGACAAAGCCAACGCCGCGUACCCCUAGCCGCGACAGCAGGCCGUUGUCUCCUGCCUCUGGCCAUGGCGGCACCCCUACUCCACGCGCUGUUGUCAACCGGGCCGGCUCGUCUUACGGCACUGCCGAUAUCCCACUACCACCGCCUAUCAGAUCUUCUACUGCCAUGUCUUCCACUGGCAUGUCUAGGCGGUCCUCCGUAUCUUCGUUCGUAUCAGAACUGGACACCAGAUUUGGAAUGCGAGCUGGAGAGAUGGGCGUCAUCGACCCUGCUACUGGCUUUGGACCCAACACCGACCCCAGGAUGAUCCAAGCCAUAACGCAGACGAUGAUUGGAGAGUACAUCUGGAAGUACACUCGUAAGACUGGCCGCGGCGAACUUUCGGAAAAGCGACACCGUCGCUAUUUCUGGGUCCACCCUUACACAAGGACCAUCUACUGGAGCGAGAAGGAUCCAUCAACAGCUGGGCGCACUGAGAUGAAGGCGAAGAGUCUCCCCAUUGAAGGCGUGCGAGUAGUCACAGACGAUAAUCCCAUGCCGCCAGGUCUUCACCGCAAGAGCUUGAUUAUCAUCUCUCCCGGCAGGACUAUCAAGUUUACCUGCACCACUGGCCAGCGACAUGAGACGUGGUUCAACGCGCUGUCAUAUCUUCUGCUGAGAACUAGCAAUGGCCACGAUGGUCAUCUGGACGCGGAAGAGAUGGCUGCUGACCUCACUCGAGAAGAUGUGGACGAGUUUAAUCCUCACUUUGGGGGUCGGCAAUCUGCCAACGGCCUUUCUCGCCCAUCGGCUCCGUCUUUGUCAUCAUACAACUCUCGCACCACUCGAAAUGAAUCACCAGGGCCAGAUAUGAUUUUAGAUAUUCCCACGCUGACACCGGGGAAGAAUUCAACCCCAGCCAAAUCCGUGACCGGCAGCAUUAGCAACCGAGUAGGCUCGUACUGGAAGGUAAGCGGAUCUAAGCUCGCUGGAACGAUCCGCAGCAGGACGGCUAGCGCCCAGAAUGUUAGCAUCUACGAAGCGAGCGAGGUGCACGAUAGCGCCGAGGAUCUCCGUGAGAUGAUUGAACAGCAAGACAGGGAUGCGGACCGGCUCGAGAAUGUGAGAGCCUGUUGCGAUGGCAAACACGAUGUCGGAACGCUUCACCACCACGCAAAGAGAAGCCGCAGCCACAAUCAUCAUAACCACUCCAGUGUUCACUCUAGUGGACAAUCUGCAUUGAAUACCCCCCUGGCCUCUACGCGCUCUCGGGCAUAAAGUUUCUUGUUCAAUCGACUAUGCAUUAUUAAUCAACCUCUUGACUCUUUCUCCAAAUCCUCUCGCCUGCCUCCCAAACGUGACGACCAUACAUUUAACGGAAGACUUUCUUUAUGACUCUGAACGAUUCUUCUUUUUUUUUUUUUUUUUAAACUCUCGUUAUUUCAUUGUCUCUCUCGGAUGAUCUUUUGAAGCUUUGAGA